CGAUUCUGGUCUUCCUUCCCGGCUGCUGCAACAAAGGAAGCGUAUGAGGACAAGACUCGCUCCUCUCACGGUGCAUGGCUGGAGCCCUAGCCAACUCACCGCCCUGCCUUCUACGGUGGUCUACUGUCCUGCAACAACGCGAUAUUGCCUUUAUGCCUCCUCCAACCCAUCUGCCCCUCACCACCGCUCUCCAAAGACCAUGUCAUGUCAUACAACAACGGCAUAGUGCAUGUUGGAGACAAACAGCUGUUCUUUCAGCAGCU